AUGUGCCCCUGCGCGCUGCACGGCGGCCCCCCCGCGCCCUGCCCCUGCAGCCCCGGCCGCGCCGCCCGGCCCUCGGCGGCCGCCCGCCUCGUCGCCGCCCGCCUGCGCCGCGUCGGCGAUGAGCUGGAGCAGCGGGCGGCGCGGCGCAAGGCG